AUGCUUCCAUGUAUGGACUGGGGGUUGUGCUAAGCCAAGUCGGGGAGGAUGGAGGAGCACACCCUGUCGAAUAUCUCAGCAGAAAGUUACUACCUCGGGAAGUGAGCUAUGAGGCAGUGUAGGAGUGUUUAGCCCUGGUCUGGGCACUGAAGAAGUUGAGCCCUUAUUUAUAUGGGCAGGAAUUCUCCCUUAUAACGGACCACAAUCCCCUUGUCUGGCUUAACCGGGUCUCAGGAGACAAUGGUAGAUUGCUGUGGUGGAGUUUAGCCCUCCAACCUUAUAACUUCACCAUCAGCUACCGACCCGGUAAGCAGAACGGAAAUGCUGAUGAAUUGUCCCAGCAAACUGACCUCCCUACCACCUCCUAGUCCAGUCAUCCCCAAGUUGACCCGCCAAAGGGUCAAGCCGGGUCUGCCGGAGUGUCCCACAAGGAGGGAGCCAUGUGACAGAUUCAUCUGUCUAAGUACUAUCUGCUGGUUUGUCUAUUUUGCUAUACAGUCGUGGAAUUACCUGCCCGUACGUCCCUGUUUGUUUAUUUCAGUUUAUACGAAUAAAACUACCGAACGGCUGGCCACCCAGAAGAGAAGUCUGCUGCUGGUUAACCUGUUGGCCUCAAUAAGAAUGUUGUGGUUAACCGCAGACACCUCUUAAUUGGAACCAUAUGCUGGGUGGUCGUCGUUCGUAUGUCAACCAUGAGGCGUCGGCCACACAAAUGAGCAGCGGUGUUCGACGAUGAACUUAUGGAACUCAAACCGGACACUUUUUCUACUGAACACCACUGAAACCGCCGACCGCCCUUCUUAUCAUCAGGCAUACGAAGCCUGGUCCGUUCGGGACUUUUUAUUGUACGAAUGGACUUAACCCAGAUAGCCAUCCCAUGGAGUCAUUCGUAUACCGAAAGAACUGUGUGAAAGACUUUGACUCCAUGGCGAUUGAACUGUGUGCAUUGGGUCUGAGCACUAUUUGGUAGUAAUGUGCGCUCAGAUCUAGGCUAUCUGGUGACACAUACAAAUUAAAUGCAUUCGGUAGUUUUACAUUUAUGGAUUUUUAUGUGUUUUUAUUAUACCAUGUAAAAUGGCGGUUUGCCUCUGUCCCUGGAGAUAAUUGGAUUUCUUCCCAAUUAUCUCCAGGAUAGAGAGGAGGGGUUUACCUGUACUAAGGGGAGUGUUUAUACCUGAGCCACUGUGAUUGGCUACUGUACCUCAUUUGUCCCAGUCUUCCAUCUGGUCCCCUAGGGGAGUGUCCACCAGGUGGGAGACCUGCAUAAAUAGGGCAGGUAGCCCUCAAUAAACCAGAAUUAAACACCACAAAGAAGAAUCCUGCUGCACUCCUGUGGGACACCACUUUACCCAGCCUGGCCACUCACUGAAGGACCUAAAAAUCAAAAUACUGAAAGGGUUUUUUAAAAAUACCCAGGAAAGAAAAGCCUUUGAAGCCAGAAUGAUUAAAUGGUUUAACAGCAAAAAUAGAGGACUAAAUAUUGAUUUGGGAUUCCUGUCCCACUACCAACACUUUACAUGAACACUCUCCCAGCAUUAUCUCACUAUUCUGUCAUAUGUACCAAGACUUUAAAAUGCAUUCCUAUAUGUUUAUUCUAUCUAUAUACAAAGUACUAUGUGUAGACCUAUGCUUUCCCAUACUCGUAUGCAUGAAUGCUUAUAUAUAUUACUGUGGAUUUAUAUUUGUGUAUAUGAGUUCAUGUGCAUGUAUGUACAUGUGUUUAUGCGUUCACAUAUACAUAUUUAUGUGUGUGUAUGUAUAAAGUGUACCAUCCUGUGCACUGUCUGUUUGUUUGUUUUUCUUUUCCCUCUCUCCCCUCUCACUCUGCUCUUCAACAAGAUAUUUAUGACCCUCUGCUAAGAUGGUGUCUAUUUUCUAACAAACCUGUGUCUUAGCUACACUCAUGUCCCUUUAAACCCUAUAUCACAACUCAACUUUGAAUUCUAUGUGUCGUUUUGCUCAAAAAUGUUUCAAACUUGAGAAAGAGAUUCUCCCGAAAGCUUGUCAUUAAAAAAAUUCUGUUAGUCCAAUAAAAAAGGUAUUACAAAAUACCAAUUGUAUCUGUUUUUUACAUCUCUCUAUAUAUACACACAUACACACACACAUAUUUGAAGUCAUAUGCUGCCAGGCCUUUAAAGUUACUCAUCACUGAAGCUAUAACAUACUCAGGAGUGAUUUUCUGCUUGCCAGUGCUAAAUUUUCACUCACCAGAGUUUUUGUAUAUAUAAAAUUUUAUAUAUAUAUAUAUAUAUAUAUAUAUAUAUAUAUAUAUAUAUAUAUAUAUAUAUAUAUAUAUAUAUAUAUAUACACACACACACACACACACACACACACACACAUACACACACACACAUAUUUUUUUUAUUUAAUCAUUUUCAAAGAUUUUACAAUAACAAUAAUAGAACAUAAUAUUUAAAAAAUCAAAAGAAAAGAAAAAAUUAAGGAAAAAGAAAAGGGAAAAAAAGGGGGGGGAAAUGGAAGGAAAAUUGUCCAUCUAGAUUAAUAUAGUCAUAUUUAAAUUGUCUAGUAAGCAUUAAUACAAAACAAUAAUGCAUGUGGCACAGGAAAUAUCAAACAAAGUUAAUCAAGUGUAGUUAUAAUAUCUCCGAAAUGGUUUUAAAAUUAGUAAUUAUUUCUCAAAGGGUACAUUUUACAGAGAAUAUCUUUUAACAAUCUCUUCCUCCUAUAUAUGCCAAUAAUAUUUAAGGCUAUCUUUAAAUGAAGACGGUUGUCUAAUAGCUAAUACGUACUGUUUACUCUCUAAGAUGGUAGAUAAUGUUAACUUUAUUAAAGGAAUAGUUGAAGAUUUCCAAUGUCUUGGAACAAUAGAAGUGGCAGCAAUCAAUAUAUGCCCUAUACUGAUUCUAUAAAUGCAGUUUUUUUUAAAAUAUAUAUCACUAUGGUUUUUUUACAGGAAAAUUGAGACCAAAGAUAAUGAGGCAAAAUCAAAGCAUAAUAUUUGAAUUUAUUCUUCUUGGAUUCCAAGAGAAACCAGAAGUGGAUGUCGUGCUGUUUAUACUAUUUCUCUUGCUAUAUGCAUCAACACUGGUUGGUAAUUUUCUCAUUCUGGCUGUUAUCUGCAGUAAUUCAACUCUUCAUUCUCCUAUGUACUUUUUCAUUGCAAAUUUUUCUUCUCUGGAAGUUCUUCUUACAUCUAGUGUCAUCCCAAAGAUCCUAGUAAGCAUAUGUACUACUUACAAAGCCAUUUCUUAUUUAGGAUGCUUGCUACAGUCUUUUUUUUAUUUUUCCUUUGGAUCAACAGAACUUCUGAUUAUGGCCAUUAUGUCAAUAGAUCGCUAUAUAGCUAUAUGCAAACCUUUGCAAUAUUCUACAAUAAUGAAUCACUAUAUGUGUGCAUGCUUGGGGAUAAGCUGUUGGUGUACUGGAUUCAUCUUAAUUCUUUUACCUGCAAUACUGAUGUUUCAAAUGAAAUUCUGUAAUAGUAACAUUAUUAACCAUUUCUUUUGUGACAGUAAGCCACUACUGAGGUUGUCUUGUACAGACUCAAGUAUUAUUGCAACCAUAAAUUUUGUGAUUUCUACUGUAAUAGUUUUGAGCUCCCUUAUGACAGUCCUGUUCACAUAUAUUCACAUUAUUGUAACGAUAGUUAGGAUGUCAUCAGUUACUGGAAGGCAGAAGUCAUUUUCUACCUGUGUCUCUCACCUUAUGCUUGUAGCUCUGGCCUAUGGAGGAACCAUAUUCAUCUAUGUUGUGCCUAAUCAAAGGUAUGCUUUAGAUAAAAAUAAAUCAGUUGCAGUUCUCAAUAUAUUUGUCACUCCUGUCAUCAGUCCCUUCAUAUUUACUCUGCGCAAUAAAAAUGUGAAAAUAGCAAUUAAAAAAACUCUUGAAAAAAUGUUAAAUAUUUUUAUAAGGAAACAAUAAGAAUGAUACAUAAGCUACUUAAUUCUGAUGUCAACAGUAAUCCCUAUGAAAUUGAAUGGUGACAUUACCCAUCCAAAAUUAUGAAUGUAUUUAUUUUUUCCGCUGCAUAAAUAAUAUAAAUAAUGUUAUACCCACACAAUCACAGUUGUCAAUUUAGAGGAAAUUUGCUUACUAAAGUUUUCAUG